CCGAAGACAGUGACUCCCUAUCACCCCUAGUGGUGUGUUUUUGUUGCGUCUAUUCGUGCACAAGAGUGGGUGUUGGUCAGUGUGGAGGUUCUGUCCGGUCCAGACACUUCUUAAGGCACAGCAGCUGAGCUGCAGAGAAUCCGGGUCGACUCAGAGCCGCCGUGACCCUGAUUUGCACCCACCCGGAACCGUCAGGUCCACUUUGUACGACUCUUUGAUGGCGCCGAGGCGGUUCUGUCCCUUGGCCCCGCAGUGAUGGGGUCGCGGGUUAGAUUCCCCGCCGUGUUUACAACGUUGUGAUGUUUCAUAACCGCGCAGACGGCCUACAUCUGUCACUGUCCAAAUCAAUAGAGAUGAUUGAAGAACCGUCCAUCGCCUGAUUGGCUGAGCCGCCUGGCCUGACCCCGCCCCCUCCCUGCCGCCACAGGAGGCAGAUAAAUACAGACAAGUUCAGAUGAGUUCUCAUCCUUCCUUUUGUCAUCUUGACUGUUCAAACAUUGAAUUGUUACUACUGCACCUGAACGCACCGUCUCUCUACUUUUACACGUCAGGUUCUGAAGUGGACUGGAUCUGGAUCAGGAUGGAUGUGGAGGAUGUGGACUAUCCCUCGGUCAGCACAGAGCGGAGCUUCCUGGACGCCCCCUCCCCCUCCUCAUCUUCAUCCUCGUCUUCGCCCCCCCCCACGCAGCUGGGCUCACCGACAGGGUCAAGCUCCAGCGCAGGAAGUGGCGUCACCACGCCGUCUGUGGCUUCUUCCUGUUUCUCCGUGUCCCGUCACUUUUCCUGCCAGGUGGAGGCGCUCUUCAGAGGCCACUUCCUGCCGCCGGUGGCGCCCGAGCGGCUGUGCCUGGUCUGUGGCGACGUGGCGUCGGGAUUCCACUACGGCGUGGCGUCCUGCGAGGCCUGCAAGGCCUUCUUCAAGCGCACCGUCCAAGGCAACAUGGAGUACAGCUGUCCUGUGAGCAAGGAGUGUGAGAUCAACAAGCGCAGGAGGAAGGCGUGUCAGGCGUGUCGCUUCCACAAGUGUCUGCAGGCCGGGAUGAUGAGGGAAGGCGUUCGCAUGGAUCGAGUGAGAGGAGGCCGACAGAAGUACAAAAGACGAGCGGAGGCGGGAAUAACUUCCUAUUCCAGAACGCCGCAUGCCGCCUGCAGCAGCAGCAGCAGCCGAAACAAGGUCAUUUCCCAUUUGCUGCUGACAGAGCCCGCCCCUCUGGCUGCCAAUCAGGAUGAAUCGACCAAUGACGGCACCCUGCUGACCCUCUGCGACCUCCUCAACCGCCAGCUGCUGGUUCUGAUUGGCUGGGCCAAGCAGAUCCCAGGCUUCUCCGCGCUCUCAUUGGUGGACCAGACGUCACUGCUGCAGAGCGGCUGGAUGGAGGCGCUGCUGGUGGGCGUGGCCUGGCGCUCGCAGGGCGCGGCGGGGAAGGAGCUGGUGUUCGCCAAGAACCUUCGCCUGGACGAGAGUCAGUGUCGCCUCGCCGGCCUCAGCCAGCUCUACGACGCCGUACGUCACCUGACCUCACGUUACUGUCUCAUGGAGCUCAGCCUUGAGGAGGUGGUCACCCUCAAGGCCGUGGCCCUCGCCAACGCAGACGUGGACCCGGUGGACUGUCCCGACUCGCUGCAGCGCUUCCAGGACGGCCUGCACGAGGCCCUGCAGGAGUACGAGGCAUCCUGCGGGGGGCGCCACCGAGCGGGCCGCCUGCUGAUGAGCCUCCCGCUGCUGCGUGAGACGGCCGAGCGGGCCGUGGAGGUUCUGCUGAGGACGCGCCGCCGCGUUCCUCUCCACAGACUGCUGCUGGAGAUGCUGGACGCCAACUUGGCCAAGGUCUGAGCGCUUCCUGGCCAUCGUCCAAGCUCAGGGACACGGCGACAAUGGAAGACAAACAUCGCGGGGCACGCCGCAUCACGCCUUGUUUGGCGGAUUCAUCCGCCAUCUCAGAAUGGACUACUUAGACCAGAGGUGUCCAAAGUUUUUCCACUGACAAAUGAACGCACGCGGGGGCCAUUUUGAUAGUUUUCAUUUUCAAAACAAAUACCACAUUUUUCAGAUUGUAAGUCGCAGUUUUUUUCAUAGUUUGGCCGGGGUUGCGACUUAUGUGUGAAAUUAUUAACACAUUAGCGUAAAAUAUCAAAUAUUAUUUAGCUCAUUCACGUAAGAGACUAGACGUAUAAGAUUUCAUGGGAUUUAGCGAUUAGGAGUGACAGAUUGUUUGGUAAACGUAUAGCAUGUUCUAUAUGUUAUAGUUAUUUGAAUGACUCUUACCAUAAUAUGUUACGUUAACAUACCAGGCACGUUCUCAGCUGGUUAUUUAUGCCUCAUAUAACGUACACUUAUUCAGCCUGUUGUUCACUAUUCUUUAUUUAUUUUAAAUUGCCUUUCAAAUGUCUAUUCUUGGUGUUGGCUUUUAUCAAAUAAAUUUCCCCCCAAAAAUGUGA